UACAACAUCAAGUGACAUAUUACUGUUUAACAGACUAGUGCAGGGACACAUUUACUUAGCAGAGUCCAAUAAGUGCUUAAGUGAUGUACUAAAGUCAAUGGGCAUCAGUGAAGAAGAGUCCUUAGCAAUGAGAUUAUAUACAAAUGCUUUGACUAUCAUUAGAGGAAUCUCCUCUUCUUCUGGUGAUGGUACUCCUGGCUAUUAUGUUCCUCCAUUACACAAGCUAACUGGAGAGUUGCUUUUGAAGUUAGGAUUGGAGCUUAGUGAUAGUGUUGAGCCAUUUCUCCUUCUGGUUCUUUCUCCUGCUCAAAGUGGUGCCGGUGCUAGUUUUGCUGCUCAUGAUGGCCUGCUCUUAUACAUUACAUAUUCAGGAUUAAUUAAUAAUAAAUUAUUAUUGCACAUAAAAACGGCAAUUGACAUCUUAUUGAAAAAUGCUAAGACACACCCACAACAAGUGUCUGUGAUUCUUAAUUUGCUGUUGGAGUAUGUUCAGAAAGACUUUAAGAUUAAUAAUAAUAAUAACAAAGAGACUGUAGAGACAUUGUGUACUGAGUUAAUCUCUCACUGGCAGGACUUGAGCCUUUGGUGGGAAAAUGGCUCCAAAGAUUUGAAAUCAGCAGCUGUAACCUUGUUACAAAAGAUGAUUGCAUUACAGCCAAAACUGCUGUUAAAGAGUGCUGAUACUAGCAAACCAUUAGUUGCCAUGUACACUGCCAUGAUUGGGGACGAGAAGCUGGAAUUGAGUUUUAAGGCUGUCAUGAUCGACCUUCUUCCUUCAUUUUUAUUACUAUCAUCUCCUGAAUAUCAGUCCCAGCUCAAGGGCAGUCUCAAUCGUCUUGUGUCCCUCCAGUUUCCUCUAACUUCAUCAGAACUACCAGCUGGAGGCCCAAUGCUUAAUGAGUAUACUAACAUUAUUGAAAAGUUGUGUAAUUCCUUGGUAGCAAGUGGUAGCCUUGUUCUUUUAGAGUUAAUUAUUAACAUUAUGUGUCGGGAAGUCAGACAUGUUUGCGAAGAGAAGAUACAAACCA